AUGAACUUAUUUCAUCUUGUACGUGAGCACUGGGUUCAUAGAUUUGUCCCUGCGGGAUUUCUCUUUGGAUAUUAUCUAGACAGGAAGGAUGAUGAAAAGCUAACUGCCUUCCGGAAUAAGAGUAUGCUAUUUCAAAGGGAACUGAGGCCCAAUGAAGAAGUGACUUGGAAGUAA